CAAAUAUUUCCAAAGUAGUCCGAAAACUUCAAGGGAGACUACUGUCUAGGAAAUUGGUUUUCCGCAACUAAAAUGGUGGUCAAGGUAGUUCGUUACUUGGGAGUACUUGGGCAACGGUCUUUUUACUAUAUCCAGACCAAUAUGCCAGUGGCUAGGCGCUAUGUGAUGGCUGAAAUGAUGCCCCCAUCCCCUGGAGAGUUUGGGCAGUAUGUCAAGGAACUAGGACAGGCUGUUGGAAAAGCCAGCUCACUGUCUGUUAAAAACAUGACUUUUUAUGAGGCCUUAAUAACGUCAUGUGUCGCCACUGAGGUUGCAAUGUGGUUUUUCAUUGGUGAAAUGAUCGGGAAACGCAGCUUGAUCGGAUACCAAGUUCCACAUACACUUGCGGAACAUUAAACUUUUUGUGUUUAUUUAAACUUCAAAUUGCUGGAUUAAAAUUAAUAACUAAGGAUUUGUUUGUAUUUGUGACAUUGAAAUAAAAGAUGCAGGUUUAAAGCUUA